AUGCCGUCAAAACCACGCAUAGAUAGGAUUAAGAUAUGUUAUACGGCAGCGAUGCAUUUAAACUAUGGAUGGCGUAUAAGUGGCUAUCCUUCUACACCGUUCAAUAACGGUGUAACUAAAUAUAUCCCACAGCUGCAUCGGAUUACUGUUCGAUUUUGCCGCAAGAAUGAAUGCAGCUCCGGAGUAAGGCACUUUAUCAGCAGUGGAUUGUUGUCUCAGUUCGCAUCACAAAAUCCUUCCGUGGUCGUUUACGUGCAGCCUGUCAGGCAAAAUAUUCCAACGCUAAGAGCGGAGUAUGGAAAUGGACGCAUAAUUCAGAUUGUUUUGAAGAAUUUCGAUGCGGAGCAGGUAGGAAGACACCUCAAUCUACUGCGAACUCGAAGUGGUCUUCCUGUAGUUGAUCUAGUUUCACGACAGUCUGCCCAAAUCGCUUCGGUGCAAGGAAUGUGGAAUCCAAUGCUCAAUAUCAGUUCUGAACUGAACAUAUCCAAAUUGUCGGAAAAGAAAUUUUCGCGCCAUCGCACUUCUGUGUUAUCAGCUACGGAAUAUGUAUCGUCGCUAGUUGAUGAAAACAUUAGUGAUUCACGCUGA